GCAMGGAUGGAUGAAAUAGAAUUUUGCGCUGUUUUUAAGGAUGUUUUARCCCAUCAAUCAAGCUUUCUGUCUAAGGAACUUACAAACAAACUAUUGGAGCAAGAUCAAUACUUGGACGAUUGUAAUUUUCCACCGUUAACUGGUAACAAAUGUUAUUAUAAGUAUCCCUUAUAUGAAGAACUAGCUCGACGCUUAAUCGAAUGGAUGAAUUCAUCAACUAAACCCACAGAGAGACUGCAAAACUUUGAGUUACUUGAAGAAAGUUCUGUUGCUGGUGACAGCAGCCUGCACGAUAAAGWUAUUGAGAAAUUAUUACAGGAUUUUAGAAUAUCAUGUUCACACUCAUCAGAAGAAAAACGAUUUCUUGUUGGAGCAAUUUUGAAUUCUUUUGGUAAUAAUGUAAGAUUAAUACUAAAUAUUUUAGGUAUUCGCCAUACUGUAGGCAGCAUAAAUGUUUUACCCCCACCAUUGGGAGCUUUAUUGAAAUCAUUCUGUCAACCUCAUAAAUCUACWUCUGCAUUGACUGUUGGGGCUAGAGCUCUAUCAAAGCAUUGCCAUCGAGAUGGGACAGCUAUGUAUUGGGGAGCAUGUACAGGAAAUGAAKCUAGUAAGAAUUCCCAUGCAUGUACAAUACUUUACAAAAUACUGAAUGAUGCAUCAUGGGUAAAUAUUCAUUCACUUCCACAUGGUGUUGAGGUGCUUGAGGUCAGGUGCAGUUUGGGAUAUGGAGCCAGAUGGUCCUGUGAUGGAUCUGAGUUUCGAGGGUUUCUUGAACCCCAGAUGUCUGAUGGGCAUUCAGUGAAGUGGAAACAUUAGUGGACUCUAUAGUGUGGGAUCAGCACCAUAAAAUGAUUAUAUCGAUGUUACAUAUAUGCUACAGAUGKAUGAAAAUCACUGCAAAGUCAAUAUUAAAGAAAUAGACAAAUAAAUAGUAUGUGAACUUCUUCUUUAGCUAUGGUAAAUUCCAUGCCAUUCCUGUGCCAUGCCAUAUUAACAUAUGGAUGUGAAAAACUAUGACAGAUGUACUUUCCCUCAAUAUUAUAAUGUAAAAGAGAUGUUUAAGGUAGGCUUACUCAUCAUCAUCAUUUGGAUGCAGCUCGGGUGACCACAAUCCCUCUCCAUUGUCCACAGUUUUGCGCCAUGACCUAUCUGAUCAGGCUGAAGAGAGCCAUCUCCUAACCCAGCCAUUGUUGCAUGUAUUUAAGAUACAACAUUCGUGGUCGGCCUGGUCUCCUCUUUCCUACUAUAGCUGCUUAGAGAUUAUAAGAGUUAUAGUACAACGUGUGAAAACAAUGUAAAAGAUUGAUCACCCGUACAAACUAGACCAAAAUAUAAAAGAAAUGACUUUGAAACAUUGUCAGAACAACAAUGAACUGGAUGAGCUGAAUAGCCCAAGUAACCAAGACAAUUAGAAUUUGAAAAAACUUUAAUACUUUUGUUUGU